CAGGGGUGGAGUUUGGUUCAGAAUUUCUGAAAGGAGGAGGAGGAGGAAGCUCUAGAGUAUAAGAGAGAAGCUUUUCACGCCAAUCUAGAACAGCUCAAUUCUGAGAGCCUGUAACGGUGAGAUCAUCCGCAAUGAAAAUGGAGGAGGAAGAUCUAGUGAGUGGGACACAAGAGCAUGAAGCUGAAGCUGGCAGAAAAAAUGUUCACGUCCACCAGGCAGGGAAUCUUGGGGAGGUGUUGGAAGGAAUACCUGGAGGGAUUUUGGUGAAACAGGAGCCAGGUGAGCAGUGGGAAGUUCAGUGGCAGGAGUUCCUGAAGAGCAUGGAGAGCCCUCAGUCCCAUUGGGUGAUCCCACAGCUGCCGCAGGAGCCCACCCCAUGGGAUGACACCAAGGCCUUCCUGGACUCCUUUGAGCAAGUGGCUGAGGCCUGCCGGUGGCCAAAGGAAGAGUGGACAACCCGACUCCUGCCAGCUCUCAGUGGGGAACCUGAACAGGCAUUCAGCAACUUGGAUAUCCAAGAGAGGGGCGACUAUGCGAAGGUGAAGGCGGCCAUCUUACGAAGGGAAGCCAUGCGGAGGGAGAAGCAGCGCCAACACUUCCGCCGUUUCUGCUACCAGGAGGCAGAGGGGCCAAGAGGGACAUACAGUCGGCUCCAGGAAUUUUGUCAUGGGUGGCUGAGGGUGAAGAAACAGACCAAGGAACAGAUCCUGGAGCUGCUGAUCCUGGAGCAGUUUCUGACCGUCCUGCCCCCGGAGAUCCAGAGCUGGGUGAGGGAGAGCAGUCCUGACACCUGCGCCCAAGCAGUGGCCUUGGCCGAGGAGUUCCUGCAGAUGCAACGGGAGGCCCACCGAGAGAAGCAACAGGUGCUGACGAAACUAAAUGAGGUGGCUGUGAGUCCCUUAGAGGCAAGGCAGGCUCAACCUGGGCCUAGGGAGAGGCAGCCACUCCAGGAGGCCCAGCCAGAGAUGGAUGACGAAUCCAGGCUUCGGGGUUUCAUGCGGAUGAAAAAGCGUGAAGAGAAAACCAAUAUGGACAGUUUGGAACUAGUGAAAACAGGUGGUGUGUUCCAUAGAAGGGCAACAGGGACCAUUUCUGAGGGAGAGGGAAGAUCCUCUGGGCAACAGGAAAGCCCCAAUAGGCAGCAGAGGAGCCCCCCAAGGAACAGAAUGAGCAAAUCGAGUCUUGCUGGGGCGAACAAAGUCCCCAGUGAAAGCCUAGCAGGGCCCAAAGAUGCGAGCUGUACUGUUGCUGAGGAAGGCUUCAGAGAGGGACUGGUCCUUCCCAGACAAGAGGGAUUCCAUAAUGCGGAGACACUAUCACAGUGUCAAGAUUGUGGAAGGAAUUUCGUUCGCAAGGAUCUGCUGAUGAGGCAUCAGCGAAUCCACAUGUUGGACAAAAUGCGGAAAUGCUCAUACGCUGGGAAAACCUUCUGUCCGAGGUCAAGCCUCAUACUUCAUGAGAGAACCCGUGCUGAAGAGAAACCCUUCCAGUGCUCUGGCUGCGGGAAGCGGUUCACUCGAAAUUCCCUCCUGAUUAAACACGAAAAGACCCACGGAGGAGAGAAACUGUAUAACUGCUCGACUUGUGGAAAGGGCUUUGUUUAUAGCUGGAACCUCAUCAAACACAAAAAGAAGCACACGGGAGAGAAGCCGUACCAGUGCUCAGCCUGCGGGAAAACCUUCUUUGAGCGUUCAGACCUCAUCAGGCAUGAGAGAACCCACACGGGCGAGAGACCCUAUAAAUGCUCACUCUGUGAGAAAUGUUUCAGUCAGAAGUGGCUGUUGAUCAAACAUGAACGAACUCACAUGGAAUAGAACUGAAUGGACCUUCGCCAUCCAUACCGGAGGAAAACUGUAUGCCGGCUUAGUGUUUGGGAGAGAUUGUAUUAGAAGUUGUUAGUUUGGAAUCCAUGAGGCAGUGAUCCCCAACUUUGGUGAGGUUGUGGGCAUUUCUGUGAUUUUAAGGGUAGCAGGAGGAAGUAAAGGGCGAAAUGACAUUGAGCUAUGUGCCAGCAUCAUGUCCAGACAUCUCAUGCUGUAGAAAUGCUGUGGUAGAGCAUCAGUCAACAUGCUGAUGUCACAUCCAAGUUUUUGCCUGGCUCUGACAUCAGUAUAUAGCCCCUUUGCCUGCCCCAAACCUCCUGGGGGGGGGGUGCCAAGAUGCUUCCUGGUGUCGCUAACAAAAUGGCUGGGGGGGGGGGCAGUUCCAGCAGCCAUCCCAAGAUGCAGGGAGAACGUAAGCCAAGCAUCUCUUCACAUUGGAGUCAGCUGCUUCUGAAUGGGUGCCUAAGUUCUCCCCCUAAGUGGGAUAGAAUGAAAUGAUUUGGAACAUUGCCCCCUAUCCCCCUAAGUGGGAUAGAAUGAAAUGAUUUGGAACAUUGCCACCGAUCCACAUCUCCACCUACAGGAUAAUAGUAUAAGACUCAUGAGUUUCGGCAGAUUGAUUUCUCUAUCCCUGUCUCAGCAUUCUGAGAACAGUGAGUAUGCUGAGUCCUAAUCGAGUCAUUUAGGAGAAGCGUUCUUCUUGGUGUUGUUUCUAAAUUCAGACAUGUUUUGUGCAUAUCUGGGGUGUCCCCUGAAUAGGUAGAGAUCCCCUUUCUUGUAUGCAGAUAUUCUGGUUUUGCUACUUUCAUGAUGGGCACAUGGUCCAACCCUUGUACCUUUCAAAGGAGUGAUGCUAAGUAUCAGAGAACCCUCAGGGCCGACUAAGACAGUGUUGUGGCAGUUUUAACCCAUGUAAAAGGCCUUUUUAUUUUAGAACAGGAGCAAGCUCAAAAUAAACAAAAUUCAUGAAGAGACAGAGAUACACAGAGGGAUACACAGAAAUACACACAUCCACAGAGUUUCACAACUGUGGACCCACAUCUUUGUCAGCCAGGGAAACUGGGGAGACGCCAUACACAUUUUCAGCACAUAUUAAAUACCUUUACAGAUAGAAGAACUCUGAUGUAAGGGCAGUGAUAAAUCACAUGGUUUUUCUUUAUCUCCUGAGCUCAGAUCAGAACUACAAGUUUACUUUUUUAUCUAACCACACUGUCUGAUUUGAAACUCUACAUCUCUUGCAAUCUCUAGGUAUCAUAUGUAUCAACCAUUUUGCAGGACAAGGAUCAUGAUAUGAUAUAGAACAUAGAACAAAGAGCAUGAUGCAGAAAUUAAAAUACAUUAGUAUAAGUCUGGCCGCAUCAACCAGAGAGUCAGGAAUGCAGGUCCCACACUUUUUCACAAACAAAAUUGUAGUCAGUGAAAAAGACAGCUCCUCUUUUAUAAGGUUUGGCUGAAUCAAUUAAAAUGACAUAUUGUUUAUUAAGACCUUUUAGAAUGACAGGUGUUAUAACAACAUAAGAUCUUAUGCAUAAUUUUCUGGUUUUGUAGAUAUAUGUCACAGUACUAUUAUUUUAUUAAAAACAGACACUUGUAUGGUUUUCCAGCAUGGGGGAAAACUAGUCCCAAAAGGAAACCACAAAGACAGCAUUGUCGAGAAAGAGACUAAUAGCCUAACACACACACAUUCUGUGGCCUCAAUCCAGAUUGAACCCUCCCCUACUUUGGCUGCUGUGUAUUGUUUAAAAAAAAAAAGAUCUGUUCAUAGAUCUCCAGCUAUUGUAUUUAGCUUGGCACUUGAUGAGAAGCCACACUCACCAUCUGACCCUGAUAGUUUUUUCUCGUAACUACCUUCGUCUAAGACAGCAAGAGCACCCACUGUAUUUCAGCACUCAGGUUACAAAUGUGCCAGGGAAGCUAUUUGGGUUCCAUGAUGAAAUAGUGGCCAAAGGAUUUGGCAUUUCUUGAAUCAAGCGAUCAGGGGCUUUAAAACGCUUAAUGCAGAACAGUUGAGUUAUUCUCUCCCUAUGUACUGAGAGCCACAUUGCCAUUAUCAUAUGUUGUGAACCUGAUGCUUUGCACGCUUGCCUACUGUUCCUUUUUGUAGCCAAUUAAAAA